AUGCAAUCUCGUCAGCGGAAGCUUCGAAGAGCCGGUGCUCUGAGAGAUCUCCCGCCUUUGCAUAUAUUCAAGAAAAUUGUCAUUUUACAAACUGCGUAUUAUACAUGCGCCACAGGACUUAUAUUAUUUACGGCUCUUGUAGCCGGCACGGCAUUUUCCGCUGAUCUUGUUCUGAGUUGGCGGAGUUUACGGGGGGACACCACGAUCGGUUGGACCCUCAGUUUUGUCUGGCUACUGAAUAGCUUUUUUGGUGUUAUAUUCAUCCUCCUCUUUGUCUCCCGCUCAAAACUUGUUCCCGACUUUGCGCUCACUAUCCACUUCAUCCAUCUGAUCAUCACCACAUUUUACACCCAUGCCGUUCCUUCCAAUCUCUUAUGGUGGAGUUUGCAGGCUGCUAGCGCUGCCCUGAUGAUAUUUGGCGGUAUGUGGGCUUGUCAGUAUAGGGAGCUCCGGCCGAUUGCAUUUGGAGGUUCACCUUCCAAUCACAGAGGGACUAACCGAUCAACCGCGGAUGCUGUCGUGCGGGAUGAUGAUGUAGAGCUCGCGGGCUUUGCCCAAGGAACAGGCCGCGGCCGCGAUCGGGGUGGCGGCGGAAAGUACGAAAUAGUUGCCGCGAAGGAGCGUUCAGAGGAACCUAUUUGA